AGUGCACAGACCGGCGAUCAGCGGUGCUCUGUGUCCCUCGGACACAGCGGAUCACCGAUCAAUGGAAAGAGCCAAAGAUGUCGGCUCAGUCAUGUGAUCAGCUUUGUCCAAUCACAGUUGAUCAUAUCAGUGCCACCCUUCAGUGUCCAUCAGUGCCAGCUGUCAGUGCUCAACCAUGCCACCUGCCAGUGCCCAUCAGUGCCACAUAAAUGCCCAAUAUCAGUGCCUACCAGUGCACAUCAAUGCCACAUAUCAAUGCCCAUCUGAGCUGCCUUUCAGUGUCACCCAUCAGUGCCAGUCAGUGCCACCUAUCAAUGCCAGUCAGUGCCACCUAUCAGUGCUGCCAAUCAGUGCCACCUAUCAGUGCCAGUCAGUGCCGCCUAUCAG